AUGAGAACAUGUGUCUUUGAAACAGAAUUAUUGAGGAAUUUGAAUAGUCAAAAUUUAGUAUUUCUAACAGAACUAAACUAUAUAGUUAUUGAUUGUGGUGAUGAGACUGUAGAUUUAAUAAUUCAACAAUUUAUAGAUGAUGAUAAAUUAAGUAAAAUUAUAGAGAGAAUUGAAAAUUAUUCUGAUAAAAGUUACAUAGAUCAAGAAUUCUUCAAGUUUAUAGAAUGUAGAUCAGAAUUUUCUACUGUCAACUUGGAUUUAGAUGACGUUAAAGCAAUAUUUAAUCCAGUUAUAGAAAGAAUUAUACGAUUAGUCAAUGCUCAAUUACUUUUAAGCAAUAAUUAUUCUGCAUUAAUAUUGGUCAGUGAAUUUAGAACUGAUAUUAUGGGUAAAUGGAUACGAGGUGACCCAGAAGAAAGAAAUUACCUGGUGGCAGAAUUACUACAUUUGACAGACUAUGUGUUACAGUGUAAAAUGAGUUUUGAUAUAUAUAUUACACCAGAAGAUGAUGCGAAAUAUAUCGAUGAUCUACUUGUUAAGUCACUUGAAAAAUGGUCUAUUGAGCUGCCUCUCUCCUUACAUGAUGAUGAUCAUUCUAUUUUAUUCACGCUGAUGUUUGGUAGUGUUGAAAUUCAAGCCACCGCUGUUAAUACUGGUACAGGUGAUAUCUAUGAAACAACUUUUGAUUUAUAUAUAUAA